AGUUCUAUAAAUGCUCUAUGAAUUAUUUGACAUCUUACCGGCAAUAUGACUGGAGGUAUCACAAUUUCUUUUGCUGGUUUCACACUAAAUGGAUGAUAGACCUUCUCGUCUUCAACUUCAUUCUCACCCACAUCAUACUUAACAUCUUCUUUGGAUUGUGUCAAUUUCUUACACAGUGCUGUAAAGUCAGCUAUACUCUUGCUUGGUUUUGGAUUGGCUGUUGUGGUCGUAACUGAAGUAGUUGGUACACCCAAUGCAAUUGUCAAGUUCACAGGAACAGAAGCAGCAGCAUCCUCAGAUUUUGAUCUUCUCUUUCUAUCACUAGAGCGAUCAUACUUUCGAGGCGACCUGGACCGAUAGCCUCUGUUCAUGGAUCUGGACCGUGAACGCCUGCAUCUUUCAGGAGACCUUGAAUGCCUCCGUCUACCAACUGACUUUGACCUCGAUCUUCUCUGUCUCUCAGUUGAUUGUCUGAACCUUGAAGUGUUUUGGUACCGUGGGACAAAUCUACGUCUUUCCAAUGAUCUUGACCUUCGACGUUCCCUGGAUUUUGACCUUCGACGUUCCCUAGAUUUUGACCGUUGACGUUCCCUGGAUGUUGAUCUUCUACUUGAUUUUUGCCUUGAAUGAGAAUGUUCCCUUGAUCUCCUGUAUUUUCUGUCUUGACUCUGUUUCUCUUUAGAUCUAUCUCGAGAUUUGGACCUUUUAGAUCUCUCUUUUGACUGUAACCUUUUAUCGUCCUGUUGUCUUGACUUCUCUUUUGACCUUUCUCUUGAUUUUUUUUCAGAUCUAUCCUCCGAUCUUUUUCUAGAUUCUGUUCUUUCCUUUGAUCUUUCCUUCGACUUUUCUUUUGAUUUUUCCUUAGAUGCUUUCCUUGAUUUCUCUGUUGAUCUUGAUCUUUUUCUCAACUGUUCAGUUGACUUUUCCCUAGAUCUGUCUUUUGAUCUUCGCUUUGAUUUUUCAGCUGACUUGUCUCUUGAUCUUUUUCUUGACCUUGAACCUGACUUUUCCUUUGACUUUGAUCUCUUCUCUUUUGAUCUUGACCUUUUCCCCUUUGACUUUCUUUCCUUUGACCUAGACCUUCUUUCUUUUGACCUUGAUCUUUCUUUUGUCCUCUUAUCGUUUGAUCUGGAUCUUUUAUCUUUCGACCUUGACCUUCUCCUUUCUGACCUUGACCUUCUCCUAUUUGACCUUGACCUUCUCCCUUCUGACCUUGACCUUUUCCUAUUUGACCUUCUCCCUUUUGAUCUUGACCUUCUCCCUUUUGAUCUUGACCUUUUCGAACUGGACCUCCUUUCCAGAGAUCCUGAUUUUUCUCUAGAUUUGGAUAUCUUUAUUGCUCCAGAUGCCUCUCUAGAGAUAGACCUUGAUUUUGAUCUUUUAUCUUUUGUAUUUUCAUUUUCUUUUGCAGUUUGUUCUGAAUCAUAUUCUUCUUUUAUAUUAGCAAUGUAUAAACCAGGAUCAUAGAUUUCUAAACUACUAUUUUCCAUUUCUUGAGAGUUCUUAUUUAAGCUCAAGUUAUCUUCAACUAUUUCAGACUUAACAAGAAAGGAUGACGCAACCUUGUUUGGAUAAUUUUCACCUAUAGAUGCUUCACAUUCUCUUCUAGCAUCAGGUGACCUAGGUUCAACCUUGAUGGUGAAUGUUCCGAGAACCCCAACCUGAUUGGUUGAUGCAUAACUAGCUACUUCCUGAUUGGUCAGUUCAUCACCCUGAACCCCAUUCUGGUUGGUUGAUGCAACAUAAGCUACAUCCUGAUUGGCUGACGCAACCCUUGGUACUUCCCGAUUGGUCAGUUCAUCAGUCUGCUGCUUGGCACCUGAUUUUACAUGGUCAUUUUCAAUAGAUGAGCCAUCUCGUAUCUUCUUGGUCUUCUCAGAGUGUCUCUCCUUCGAUCUGCUCCUUGACCUAUCUCUGUGUCUUUUUCUUUUACUUGACUUUUUCUUAGAUUUUUUCUUGGAAUGCUUUGAUUUUUUGUGUUUUCUCCGUGCAGGAGACCCAGAGCCAUCUCUACGCUUGUCCUUUUCUCCAUCACUAUCUGAUAAUUCAGAUGAAGACUUCUCCGACUGUCCACUGUCGUUUGCCAUGGUAGCAAUUUCCACUGUCGUCAAGCUGCUGAAAUGUCAAAUAAAAUCCUCAAACAAGGGUAUUUUCUAGUAAUAAAAAUAAUAAACUAGUCGCUUAUACCUUUAGUCGUCAUUGUACUUCACUACAACACACAAAAGUUGCUCUUCAACCCAAAAAAUCCGAUGAAAAUCUAAAAAUUUUUCGUAAAAGUUCGAGCUGUUUUACCAUGCUCCUUCACUUACCGAAGUUGCAACGAAGAUGUUACGAACUGGUCACGAGACUUUUGAAUAUUUAUUAUAAUAAUUAAUAAUUAUUAUAAUACUGUAAAAAGUUCUUAAGCUUUUUCGGAUAUUUAAAUGUCCUUUUCCGAUUAGUUUCUAUGUGCUCAAAAUAUAUGUUUCUUUUCAAAAAUUACUAGUGAAAUAAAAAACUUUUUCAUCACAAGCCGAAAUAUUUAUACGAGAGCAUCCCGAGUGUGGUAUCAGAAAUCCCGAAGCGUAGCUUUUUAAAAUUUAUUCAAAAUGUCUUCUCGAGCUGGUCCACGAGCAAGUGGUACGGACGGUUCAGAUUUCAGUCAUCGCGAGAAAGUUGCCUCACAUUACAAAGAUAGUGUUAAGUGGAAGAGUAAAUUAAAUCUGAAUCUAUCGCUUCACUUACUUUGCAUUGUUUUGGGAGCAAUAUGGUCCGCUUUGGGUCAUUUUAAGUAAGUUUGGAAACAUUUAAUUCCUCUCAGUUUCAUUGAAUAGGUACAUAAGUAUUUAGUAAUUCUUAACACUUUAUGAAAGUUAUUUAUUACAUAUUAGAAAGAAAUCUCACUAUGAUAACAAAUUUAGGAUUGUGCUUCCACUUGUACAUAUAAAAUUUCCCGAAAAUAUUACCAAAAUUUCCUUUCCCCCAGUUAGUUAAUUAAGGCUAAAUUUGCAACUUUUCUGUAUUUUUCUAGAAUGGUACAGUAUCAACCCCAAGACUGGCAUAUUGCUUGGCUUUGUACACUUAUUCCAGUCAUGUUUGGCCGAAACAGUCUCCCAAAGAAUAAACACAAUCAAAUGUAUGUUUAUGUGAUUGGUUCUCUUCUACUUGGGUUCGGACCAAUGAUAUAUGGUGCUACGAAACAUCUUAAGACCGUGAUGUUGUACAUGCAACAGGAAUCUGGAGGGACACUUGACUUACGAGGGCUCUCAAUUAAACUUGCAGUCAUAGGUUUGAUUGUUCAAAUGCAGAUAACUGCUUUAUAUUAUGCAAUAAGACUGAUCGGUGCUUGGAAAUCAAAGGGUGAAAAGAGCUCUUAAAAUAAAUGAUAAAUAUCAUCUGACAUGGUACAUGUAAAAUAAAUAAUUUUGGAAACUAAUAUAAAGACCAUUCCAAAAUCCAAAUUGAAAUUUAUUUCGAAAUGGAAUUUUGCAUCAUGUAGAAUUUUGCUCCUUUUGAGGUUUUCAGAUGUGAAAUCUAUUUUGUCCUUUUCUUUGUUUUCACUUUCAACUCAAAAGCGACAAAAACUUUAGUAACCACAGUAACUGUAGCUGACUUCAUAAGUUCUUGAAAUGUUUCCGUUCUUUCAGUGUUUCUUCCUUCAUGUUCUCUUCCUGUGUAUUCUUCAGUUGAUUGUUCAUGAAUAUGUCUUGCUUGUCCAAGACUUUGAUUCAAAGAGUUUGCUAUUUCAAGAGCCUUGACUCUGGCAUUUUGCACUGCUAGUACACAUGACUGUCUCCUAAAAGUUAUGGGAAAGGGUCAGUUUCUUCCAGUCUUUAACCUAACAUCUUUCACACUAGAAUUAUAAUGUUCAUUGCAUUGCAAACUAACCUUAAACUCUCUAGUCUCCCAGGCAUAUAAUGAAAACAUGGUCUUGAGAUUUCUACACUUACAUCAAGUUUCUCAACCAAAAAAUUACUAACUUCUUGACAUUUUGUAAAAUCUGUAAACUGAACAGAUAUUUCCACUCUUAGCUCAUACUUUGAUUCUUUUUUCAUUAAAGAUCUAUCCACUAUGUAGCAGUUCUUCCCAAUGUUAUGUGAUCUCAAUGUCUGCAAAAUAUACUCCACUCGUUUGUUGACACUUGUCUUGACGUCUUCCACGGUAUCCUGUAAAAUCGCCCUCACAAUUUAUAAUUAGGAAACUUCGGAUUGGUAGGGAUGUAGGCUUGAUUACCAGGCAUGGCCUCAAGUAGCGAUCAGUGGCGUAGCCAGCUCGAUAAGUGGGGGGGGGACAUAUUCAUAUAUUUGUCCCCCCAACUUAUCGAGCUGGCUAUGCCACUGGUAGGGAUGCAACUAACAGAAAAAUAGGAGAACUUGGAAAUUCAAUUUUAUGCAAAAAGCAAAUAGGUGGGGUCUUGGGGUUGCUUUUUUAAUUUCGGUAAAAUUUAUACACUACCUUAACGUUGGUACAAACUACGGUAACUUGAGCAUAAUCUGGAGCAAUUGUCAUCUCGCCUGUCUCAAAAAUUUGAAUAAUAUCAGAUGCAAUGCUCUUGUCUUUGGCAGUAUUUGUCAUGUUUUCCCGGCUGCUUUCUUGCUUGUCAGUAAAUUUCGCUGGUUUCUCGCCACUCGAAGUAAAUUGAGCAAACACUUGAGCAGGAUAAAACCAUCUUUUUGCUUCUGAAUUCAUUUCAAAACACGAAACAAAUCAAACAAUCUUGUAAACUUUUUGAACCGUUAAAUAUAAAAACUUUUGUUGUGUUGAUGAAAUGUGCAGAACUUUAUGUAAGAAAACUAUAAAUGACUCAGUAUAAGCGGAAUUUUUUUCGAAUCUCCUCAUCAAGCAAAAAU